AACAAAGGUAGUAAAAGGCAUGACACCUAUUGAGGCUUGGUAUGGUCAAAAACCAUCUGCUGAUCAUUUGAAGGUUUUUGUCUUAAUUUGUUAUAAUCAUGUUCUAGCAACUAAAAGAGGGAAAUUAGAUGAGAAGGCAGAAAUUGGUAUCUUUAUAGGUUAUGCAACACAAGCAAAAGGCUAUAAGGUGUAUGUUCCUAUAUCCAAGAAAGUGAAUGUGCAUAAAGAUGUUGUUUUUAAUGAGAGUGCACACUGGAAUUGGGAUGUAGGGAAGAUAGAAAAAGUUUUGAAAAUUAAGUCACUAGCUGAGAUUUAUGCAAGAUGUAAUUUAGCUUCUGCAGAACCUAAUUGUUUUGAAGAAGCAGCUAAACAACAAGUCUGGAUUGAUUCCAUGAAGGAAGAGUUGUCUAUGAUCGAAAAAAAUCAAACUCGGUGUCUUGUUCCAAAACCAGAUGAUAAGAAGCCUAUUGGAGUGAAGUGGGCGUUUCGAACUAAGCUAAAUCUAGAUGGUUCUAUACACAAACAUAAGGUUGAACUUGUUGUGAAGGGGUAUGCUCAACAGCUGGGGGUUGAUUAUGGAAAGACUUAUGCUCUGGUGGCAAGACAUGAUACAGAGUUUGCAAUGAUAGAUUUGGGAGAGACAAAGAAUUUUCUAGGACUUGAAGUUCAACAAUUGAGCAAGGGAAUUUUCAUUUGCCAGAGAAAGUAUGCACUGGAUAUCUUGAAGGAGUUUGAAAUGGAGAAUUGUAAACCAAUUGCCACCCCACUGGUUCAAAAUGAAAAGCUUUCCAAGGAUGAUCAAGAAACCAAGGUUGAUUUCUUCUACUACCGAAGUUUAAUUGGUAGCCUACUUUAUAUAACUGUUACAAGACUUGAUUUGAUGUUUGCAGCAAGCCAUUUGUCAAGGUUUAUGUCAGCUCCCGGUAAACUUCAUUUAGUUGCAAUCAAGAGAGUUCUUAGGUGCAUCAAAGGAACCUAUGAACUUGGCUUAUGGUUUGACAGUAAUCAACAAGGAAGGUUACAGAGGUAUGUUGAUAGUGAUUGGGCAGGUUCUAUGGAGGAUAUGAUAAGCACAACAAGUUAUGUGUUCUCCUUUGGUUCAGGGAGUUUCUCUUGGAAUUCAAAGAAGCAGGAUGUUGUAGCUCAGUCCAUAGCUGAGGCCGAGUAUUUAGCAGUUGGAGCAGCAGCAAAUCAUGUUGUUUAGCUUAGAAUGGUGCUUGAAGAACUUGGUUUUGAUCAAAUUGAGCCUUGUGUACUCAAGUUAGUUUAUGUUUUCUGUAGCUAAAGUUUAUGUUUUUUGGUGGUUUUUUUUUUUUUUUUGCAAUAGUUGAUAUGUACAUGUUGCAUGUUUUUUUCAGCAACUCUUAUGUCUUGCAAUUUAAUCUAAAAUGAAACGAGAGUUCCAUAUCAGAGAAGCUCUUGUUCUGAAAUCUUCUAGUUCUACAUUUUCUAUGUUCCUUUACUUUACUGCAGAAACUUACAUCUAUCCCUCAUCUGGUUUGGGGGAAACAAAGCAGAGACGACCCCCUUUACUUCCCUCCCCUCUCCUUCCCUCAUUUAGUUAUGCUAAAAUUAUAAGAGGAAAUAAAGAAUAACUCCUUUG